AAUAGUGGGCACCUCAACAACUUCUGCGUUCUGUCAAGCUUUGCUCUGUUCUUGUCCAGCUACAAAAAACUACCUCUGAUCGAUCCCUUUGUUUUGUUCUCACAUUUAAUUACACAAGUAUUUUGUGUUAAUUCAUUCCACACAAAGCUUGUUGCUUCCAACGCACUCCUGUCUCUCCGGACACCCCGGUUUGAGAAGCCACCACAUUUUCUGCACUACGUUAACAAACCAUUUCUGCAAAAACCAAGAACUCAGAGACCUUUUCCGCUUGUCCCUUUUCACCAUUUCCUUCCAUGUGCAUCCAUUUGGUCUCCUCAAUCAAAAGGGUCUCUUGAUUUGAGGUGGGCUGCGUCCUCUGUUUCCUUAUUUAUUUUGGACCAUGGAUGCAUGUUUUCAGUUUGAUCUUCAAGUGGAUGUCAAUGGAGAAGAGGUUUUCGUUGUUGAUAAGAGAAUUAUAUCUUUGUAUUCAGGAAAGAUAAAUAAGUUGUUGAGUAAAUCGAAAGACGUAGGCUGUUGUCUGAAGGUGAUAUUCCAUGACUUUCCUGGAGGAGCAGCCAAUUUCGAGCUCGUCACAAGGUUCUGCUACAACAGGGGAAGAGUUAACAUAAAUCCUUGCAAUAUCUCUAACCUUACUGUUGCGGCUGAUUUUAUGGAAAUGAACAAGUUUGUUGCUGGAACCGAAAAUCUAUGCGAGCAGACGGAGAAAUCACUCGAAGAGAUCAAGUACUGGACUUGGUCUGACCUUCUGGUGGCUUUGAAACAGUGCGAAAAUCUACUCCCUGGAGCUAUUUCUUUAACCAUACUCGAUAAGUUCUUGGAUUCGCUGGUCGGGAAAGUUGUGUCAUCUUGUGAAACAAGUCCAUGUCCGUCCACGUCUUCACCCGAAAGCUAUGGAUUUAGAUUGUCAUGUGAAACAAGAAGCUCUGAGAGCUUGAAGAACAGUUGCUUCCGAGCAACGUGGUGGUUUGAGGAUCUCAUUCCGUUAAACAUCCAAGUUAUCAAAAUGCUGAUAAGAUCGAUGUUAUCAAGAAAUCUGGACAACGGGAUUAUUAGUAAGUUUCUCUUAUACUACCAAAAAUCAAGAUUUGGGUCCGCCUUAACGGGCGAGAAAGUUGAAAUAAUUGAAGCCAUAGUUGAGAUGCUUUGUUCUUUGGAUAUGACGUGCGUGUCGUACAAAAGCUUGUUUGAGGUUUUGAGAUUCGGUUUAAAUUUGAACGUGAGUCAGUGUUGUCGGGACAAGUUAGAGGGCAUGAUUGGUUUGUUAUUAGAUCGAGCGACUUUGGAUAACUUGCUUGUUCCAUCUCCAGCUCGAAGGUGUUACCUGUAUGAUGUGGAUUUAGUCCUUAGGUUCUUGAAGUCGUUUUUGGGGGAAGGGGUUGGUUGUGUGCCGUUGAGUCGGCUGAAGAAAGUUGUACGCUUGAUGGAUUUAUAUCUGGUCGAAAUAGCACCGGAUCCUCAUUUGAAGCCAUCGAAGUUCUUGGCUGUGAUCAGGACGAUACCGGACUCUGCUAGAGAUUCUUCUGAUGAAGUUUAUCAUGCAGCGAACUUGUAUUUAGAGGUUCAUUCAGGCUUGUGUGAAGAACAGAAGAUGAAAAUCUGCUCCGGCCUAAAUUAUGAGAAGCUCUCAUCAGAAGCAAUUAACCACCUCGCUCGAAACGCGAAUUUCCCAUCACAAUUUGCUGCCCAAGCCCUCAUCUUACAGCAACAAAGACUAGAAAGCUUGCUUCAACAUACAGAUGAAGCCGUCUCGACUGAUUUGCCGUCUACUUUGUCUGAAACGGCACACAAGGGAAGGAAAGGCGAAAGCUCUCAGCAAAUCGUGCUUUAUGCGAAGAAACUCAGUCUUUCCGACGAGAGCAAGAAGCUUAGAGCGCAUUUGCAAAACAUGCAAUGGCGAGCGUCGGAGUUGGAGAAGUUCUGCCGGAGAAUGCAAAUUCAAAUGACGAAGAUGAUGAGAUCCAGAUUGUCGAGCCAUGGUAGGAAUGCUAAAUCUGUGCCCAAAAUUUGUUCAUAGUGCUGAAUCUUUGUUCAUUUGUUUAGCCCUUUUUGCCUCCAAGUUUAUAUGUUUAUGUACAUAGUAUGAAAAUACCAUGUUGAGGGUGUAGUAAAUAAUACUCUCUUCAUUCUACUAGUUGAUGCACUAAGGUUUACGUCACCUGUGAUUUUUCA